UCAGCCCCUCCGCCCCUCUUCCCGGCGUGCCCCGCGGGGCGCGCAACCUUGGGCCAAGAUGGCGUCGGCCACAGGCAUCGUCCGCUUUAUCCGCAACUGGCUGUCCGGGCGAGAUCUGCAAGUUAAACUGCAGCUGCGCUACACAGAGAUCUCCAAGAGGACGCAGCCUCCGCCCCGCCUCCCUCUCGGCCCCUCCCAUAAGUUUGCAGACAACUACUAUUGCACGCGAGAUGGGCGCCGAGAGGCAUUUCCUCCCAUUGUCCUCGUGUCAGCCCAGAAAAAGCUGGCCCCCGGCGUGGAAGCUGGAAGCCCGGACUCUUCCGUCGCAACGGUGGCGAAGACCCCCGGCUUCCCCCCUCGGAAAUGGGAGCUGUCGAAGGAUGAGCCCUAUUUGUGAAGCCGCCCCGUGGUUCGCAGGCAGGGUUGCUGUGGAGCAGCCGGUCCGGUCUUGGUUUUUGCUGGGGGGACGAGCAGCGGCACGGAUCCGCGCAAUCGCAAGGACUUGUUUCUCCUGGGCUAAUUAAAUAACCGUAGUCUGCCAUGUAGCUAAAGUCAUACGUGAUUUUAGGGGCUUGUUGGGCUGGGAAAACAGAAUUUGAGGAACACGUGUUGGAACUAUUAACUCAGAUGCCGUCAGAAUAAAUGAAGGUACAACUUUG